CAUGGUUUUGCCUUCCCUGAUUUCCUCAAGAAGUUGAAGCUUGGCAUUGCCUCUUAAGCACUUUAAAUAGGUUGCUUCCAUGUGAAUUUAGAUCAUCAAACACUACAACUUUUUCCAGGCAAUAUCCAAGGUUUCUACCAAUCUUACUCUCUUUCCUUCUCUAUUUCCUAAGUUAGUACCAUGAUCAAUUCCAAGAAACUCAUUAAGUUGGUGAAAAGAUGGCAGAAAUUUGCUGCCAUCCGAAGAAAGAGGAUUUCCUUUCCAAGAAAAAAUGAUGACACUGAUAGCUGCAUUACAUCUUCUGCAGUUAACAAGGGUCAUUUUGCUAUCUACACAGCUGAUCAAAAGCGGUUUGUAGUCCCUCUAUCUUAUCUCGAGAAUGAGAUUAUUAUGCAACUCUUAAACUUGUCAGAAGAAGAAUAUGGGGUUCCAUGCGAUGGGCCUAUUACACUACCAUGUGAUGCAGCCUUCUUGGACUACAUCAUUUCACUUCUUAGCCGAGGUUUAUCCAGAGAACUUGAGAAUGCAUUGCUAAUCUCAGUUACUCCAUAUCGGUGUUCAUCACCUUCACUGCACCAAGAAGGGCUGAGAAAUCAAGAAUUGCUAGUUUGCUGAUGCUAAUGUCAUAUCAUUUUUGUAGACAAGGAACUUAGCUCGAGAUCAAUACAUCAUGUACAGAAAUCCUAGACAUGUAUAUCUGAAUUUACCUGAAAAUAAGAUUUUGUUGAUACUUUAGAGCUAAACGAGCCUCUGAACAUGAUUUUUAC